GCACCGAACAGCCACCGGGAGAACACUUCCGUUUCUGACACACCCCCACCACCCCCCGUCGCAUCGCCGUCGCGACGGCGCUCCUACAAAUUCACCGACCAUGUCGGCCUCCUGACCCGCCGCCAUCCCGGAUCCCGAUGCCCCAGGCCCGAAUUCCAACAACCACCGCCCGCUCCACUUCGUCCCUAGCUCGAAGCCUACGACCGGGGGCGCAGGGCCAAACCCUGUCCUAGGGUUUGGGUUUCGAGCCGGAUCGAUCCGGCCAGGGUUCGGCGGAGCGGCUUUCAAUGGGGGAUCGGGACGAGGAGGAGGAGCUCCAGAUGGCGCUCCGCAUGAGCCUCCACGGCUCGCCGCCGGCGCAGCCCGAGCCCAAGCGCAGCAAGCCCCCAUCGCCCGCCGGGGAGUCGCCUGAGGCGGAGGCGCGCCGCAAGCAGCGCGAGCUCAUGGCGGCCGCCGCCGAGAAGCGCCUCCGCGCCGUGGCCCCGCCUGCCGCCGUCGCCCCGCCCGUCGCCGUCGCCCCGCUUUCCGCCGUCGUGGUGCCGCCGCCGUCCCAGCCGAUGGCCGUGGUGGCGGAGCAAACUUCCGCCCCGGAGGACGUGAAGGUGGAGUCGGAAUCAACCGUGGUACCUAUGGAGGAUGUGAAGGAGGCGGAGGUGGAGUUGGAGGUUGAUGUGGGAGAGGAGGAGAAAGGGGAGGAGUUGCAUCCGGAGCUCGCCGAGAAGCUCUGGCUCAUGGUGUUUGGGAGCGGGGUUUCAAAGGCAGUGCUGGCGCAGUGGAGCAAUCAGGGUAUCAGGUUCAGCUCUGACCCAGAAACAGCUAUGGGACUGGUACAACAUGAAGGUGGCCCUUGUGGUGUCUUAGCUACAGUGCAGGCAUAUGUCCUUAAAUAUCUUCUGUUUUUCUCUGAUAAUUUGGGUAACCCAGAGGUCAGUGACCCGUCAUUUGCUCUGGGACAAAGACGAUUUUAUCAGAGUUCUUUUGCUGCAAGGGAUGAUUUUUCUUCUCUUACCGAGGAUGGAAAGACGAGAGCAUUGGUUCAUGCUAUGGUGGAAAUUCUAUUUUUAUGUGGAACUGGGAAAAGAGCUGUUGUUGCAUUCAUUGGAGGUGUCACUCGUGAGAAAGUUGAUGCUGCUUUGGAAGGCCUUUCUCUUGAAUCGGCAAUUGAUUUCCAGAAAGUUCUUAGAAUAAGUAUGUUUACCUCAAGGAAGGAUGCAUUCAACAUGCUUCUGGCAAACAUUCCUCUGUUUCAAAGUCGACUGGGUGCCAUGUUAUUUCUUAUCUCUUCUUUACUUUCGCGGGGACUGGAUUGUAUCCAAGCAGAUAGGGAUGAUCCAAGCCAACCAUUGGUCACGGCUCCAUUUGGGCAUGCUUCUCAGGAAAUUGUAAAUUUAUUGCUUUGUGGAGAGGCUGUCCCAAAUGUAUUUGAUGGCAAGAUGGACCUUGGUGGCGGCAUGUCCCUGAAAGGCAUUCCAAAUGAUGUUGAAGUUGGGUUCCUUACCCUUCUGGAAUCGCUAAAUUUGUGCAAGGUUGGUCAGUACCUAAAGUGCCCGAAAUGGCCUAUAUGGGUGGUGGGAAGUGAAAGUCACUACACUGUCCUUUUUGCCCUAAAUCCCAACGUCCAAGAGGAGAAUGAGCUGGAAGAGCGGGAAUCCAAAAUUAGGAGGGCAUUUGAUGCGCAAGACCAAAGUGGAGGUGGAGGCUUUAUUGCGGUGGAGGGAUUCCAGCAAGUUCUGAGGGACACCGACAUAACAUUUCCUUCUGACAAGCUCGACGAUCUCUGUAAUGCGGGCGUUAUAGUAUGGAGUGAGUUCUGGCAGGCACUGCUUCAGUUGGAUAAAAGGGCUGGAGGCAUGAAAGAUCCAACUGGCCUUAUGGGCAAGAAGCAAUUCACUAUCUACCACUUCAAUGGAAUUGCCAAGUCAGUGCUUAAUGGGAGUGGAAACACAGGAGGAGGCUCAACUCCAAUACAAAGACCUAGGAUAUGCAAGUUAAAUGUCAGCGUCCCACCUAGGUGGACGCAGGAUGAAUACCUAGCUGAUGUUGUAAGCUCAUCGGCCAGCGGCAGCAAGAAUGACAGUGUUCUUUCUCUUGCUCCACCAGUUCAGACUGCUUGUCAGCAUGCGCCAUUAGUGGACUGCAUUAGAACUCGAUGGCCACGGGCAGCUUGCAGUUGGUCUGGAGAUGUGCCGAGUAUCGUCUGAUGCUUGAGUUCCAGUCGUAUCGUUUGUUGGGCUGAUUUCGAGCAGACUGCUUGGACUCCCAUAGUGUUGGCCAUGCCAUGCAAAGUUUUGGAAGGGGCUGCUGGUGUUGUAAUUGUUUAGCCUGAUGAAUAUAUGUUUUCCCCCCUUGACAUGAAUCCUUUUUAUCGCGUCAUCUUAUCAGGGACAUGAGUUUUCUUUUUUCUUUUAAUUGACAUUAGAUGUAUACACCUUUUAUGGAUAUGCUGUUAAGUCUCGAGGCACAUUCUUUCCUGUACACAGAUGAUUUUGUUGUAGUUUAUUUUAUAUCUGACACA